AUGUCUGGAACCAGACUGGUAGUUUUGCACAGGUGUUUCAGAAAUAUGAACAGGAAAUUAAAGAAGAAAAGGUACAUCUCUGGAGAAACGCUCUGAAUGAAGCUAGAGGUUUGGCCGGAUUUAAUUUUCGUACUUUCUGGCAUGAAGGGGAUUAUAUCAGGAACGUUAUUGCUUGGAUCACUGAAAAACUGGGCAGAACCACAUGCAUAGAGGUACCCACCAGCCUAGUUGGAAUAGAUUCUCGCGUGCGAGAAAUUAGUAAGCAUUUUGAUGUUGGUGGAUCAAAUGAUGUUCGCAUAAUUGGAAUAUUGGGUAUGUGUGGACUGGGUAAGACAACGGUUGCAAAAGCCGUUUUCAACAAACAUCAUCAUAGUUUUGCCGGUGCAAGUUUCCUUCAAAACGUGAGGGAAAAGAAACUGGUUGAUUUGCAAGAACAACUUCUUUCUGAUAUCUUGAAACCGGCCUACAUAGUGGUAAGUAGUAUGGAUGAAGGGACCAAGGAGAUCGAACAAAGGUUAGGCAACAUAAGGGUACUUGUCGUAAUUGAUGAUUUAGGCAGUGUAGCACAAUUAGAUGCUUUGGCUAUAAAACCUGACUCCUUUGGUCUGGGGAGCAGAAUCAUUAUAACAUCAAGAAACGAACAUUUGCUAAAGAUACUUGACGUGGAUAAGAUAUGUCCUCUGCCAGCAAUGAAUGAAAAAGAAGCUCUUGAGCUACUUAGUUGGCAUGCCUUUAGAAAGAAUUAUCCUAAUGAAGAGUAUGUUGAGCUCUCAAGAAAAGCUGUUGGCUGCUGUGGAGGUUUGCCACUAGCACUUGAAGUCUUAGGUUCUUAUCUACUUACAAAAAGCACUAGUGAAUGGGAAACUGUACUGGAUAAAUGGCAAAGAUCACAGCCUUAUCGGGAAAUUCACAGAAGACUUGAAAUAAGCUAUGAUGGACUAACUGAUGAUGAUGUGAAGGCUAUAUUCCUUGAUAUCUCUUGUUUCUUUACUGGAAUGAACAAGGACUAUGUUAUGACAGUACUCGACGGCUGUCAGUUUUAUCCAGAAAUAGGGAUUCGAGAACUCCAAGAUCAGUGCCUUGUAACUGUUGAUAAAGAAGGCAAUCUCAUGAUGCAUGAUUUGAUUCAAGGCAUGGGCAGAGAAAUUGUGCAUGCAGAAUCCCCUGACAAUCCUGGAAAACGUAGCAGAUUGUGGCAUAAUGAAGAUAUAACUGACGUAUUGAUGAAGGAAUCUGGAACAGAAGACGUUGAAGGACUCGCUUUAGAUAUGCAAGAGUCUGGCGAGCCUAGCUUCAGUGCAGAAUCAUUUCGAAACAUGCAGAGUCUGAGACUGCUCAAACUCAAUAACAUAAAGCUCACUGGAAGUUACCACAAUCUUUCCAAAGAGUUAACAUGGUUGUGUUGGCAUGGUUUUCCUCUGGAGUUCUUACCAAAAGAUUUUGAUCAAUCUAACCUAGUUGCUAUUGACCUGAGCUAUAGCAAACUCAUACGAGUUUGGGAGGAUUCUGAUUUGUUGCUCGAGAAGUUGAAGCUUCUUAAUCUCAGUCAUUCCCAUAACCUGGCACGAACACCAGACUUUGCAAAACUCCCAAAUCUCGAGGAAUUGAUAUUGAAUGAUUGUGAGAGUUUGUCUGAGGUUCACUCAUCCAUUGGGAAUCUUGAAAGACUUACUUUGGUAAAUCUUGAAGGCUGCAAAAAUCUCAAGGAUCUCCCACUGAAUUUCUUUAAUUCCAAGUCUGUUGAAACUCUUCUUCUUAAAGGCUGUUCAAGAUUUGAAAACUUGGCUGAGGGCUUGGGACAGAGCUACCAUAAGACAGCAGAUGGCACACCCAUAAGACAAAUACUAAAGCUGAGUUUUUCAUCUCAAUAUGGUGUGAAAGAGUCACCAUCAACUAGUCUUUUGCCCCCUUCUUUACAUUGCUUAAACUCGUUACGGAAAUUAGAUCUUGGAUGCUGCACUUUAACCGAUGACGAAAUCCCGAAGGAUCUUGGGAGUCUAAUUUCUUUAGAAGAUUUAGAUCUUCGAAAAAAUAGUUUUUGUAGCCUACCAAGCCUCAUUGGUCUUUCUAAGCUUGAAACAUUGUGUUUAGAUGAUUGCACAAACCUACAUGCAAUCCCAAAUUUACCAACAACUUUGAAAGUCUUGCGAGCGGGUUUGUGCACUUCAUUAGAAACAAUGCCAGAUUUUUCAGAGUUGUUGAAUAUGAGAGAGUUGUAUCUAAGUCAUUCAUGCAAACUCACAGAGAUUCCGGGCUCGGAUAUGUCAUUAAACUCGAUGACAAGAAUUCAUUUGGAAGGGUGCAUCAAUCUCACUGCUGAUUUUAGGAAGAACAUCCUUCAGGGAUGGACUUCUUGCGGAUAUGGUGGCAUUUUUCUCAAUGGAAAUUAUAUUCCUGACUGGUUUGAUUUUGUCAAGGGUGAUCUGGUCAGUUUUCACAUACCUCUAAUUUUUGGUCACAAUUUUAGCGGGUUGACUCUGUGCUGCAUAUACUCUUCAAAGAAACAACGUGAAGGUCCUCUCGGCAUUAUCGUUAUCAAUAAAACUAAGCGUACUGCUUUGCUCGCCCGGAUAACAUAUGCUUCAGUACCAACUUCCUGUACACUUGAUGACCAUUAUCUUUGGCAGGGACAGAUAUCGAACCAUGUGCUCAGUUUGCAAGGAGGGGACAAGGUCGAUAUAGUUGUAAUGCCUGUUGAAACUGCAGAUGCUUCUGUGAGAGUGAAGAAAGUAGGGGUUAAUCUAGUAUGGGACAAAUUUAUGAAGGAGAAUAUGCAUAAUUCAGACUUUCGUCUAUACGAUUUUGGCCUACAUCCGGAUUGGUUAUUGGGAGCUGAUGGGUAUGAAGGAAUCAGUAGAGAACUGAGAAGCAAUUACUUGGACGUAGCCAUACACCCAGUUGGAAUGGAUUCUCGCGUGCAAGAAAUCAGUAAUUAUUUAGAUGUUGGAGGAUCAAAUGAUGUCCGUAUCAUUGGAAUCUGGGGUAUGGGCGGACUGGGUAAAACAAUUGUUGCAAAAGUAAUUUUCAACAAAUAUCAGCACAUGUUUUAUGGUAGAAGUUUUCUUCCAAAUGUGAGAAAAGAUAAGGUACUGGUUGAUUCACAAAACAAACUUCUUUCUGAUAUCUUGAGAUCGGGAAACAUGAAGGUUAGUGGGGUCGAUGAAGGGACCCAGGAGAUUAAAAGAAGACUUGGCAACAAAAGAGUACUUGUCAUAGUAGAUGAUGUAGACAGCGAUGCACAGUUAGAUGCAUUAGCUAUAAAGCAUGACUCAUUUGGUCCAGGAAGUAGAAUUAUUAUAACGACAAGAGAUCAAGAUUUGCUAAAGAUACUUAAUCUGGAGGCGAUAUGUCGUGUGCAAGAAAUGAACAAAGAAGAAGCUCUUGAGCUAUUUAGUUGGCAUGCCUUUAAAAAGAAUUAUCCUGGUGAAGAGUAUGUUGAGCUCUCAAGAAAAGCUGUUGGCUACUGUGGAGGUUUGCCAUUAGCACUCGAAGUCUUAGGUUCUUGUCUGCAUACAAAAAGCAGAAGUGAAUGGAAAACUGAACUGGAUAAAUGGGAAAGAUUACAGCCUUAUUUCACCUUCAACGGCAUGGAUUAUUCAACAGAAAAAUAUCCGAGAAGAGAGCUUCAACUCAAAGGUCCACGUCCAAUGCCUCUCAAGAUACACAGGGACUCUCACAAGAUCAACAAACCUCCAUUUGCAUAUCCGAGAAGAGAGCUUCAACUCAAAGGUCCACGUCCAACGCCUCUCAAGAUACACAGAAACUCUCACAAGAUCAACAAACCUCCAUUUGUAUAUCCGAGAAGAGAGCUUCAACUCAAGGGUCCACGUCCAACGCCUCUCAAGAUACACAGAAACUCUCACAAGAUCAACCAAUCUCCAUUUGUAUAUCCGAGAAGAGAGCUUCAACUCAAGGGUCCACGUCCAACGCCUCUCAAGAUACACACAUAGACUCUCACUAGAUCAACAAACCUCCAGUUGUACUAAAACCAAUCACAUCAGCCGGUCGUAAUCUAUUCGGUGCACCUGAAUGUCAUCCAAGCAAACCUUAGCGAUUUCAGCGACUGUGUCCAACGCCUCACCGGCUUACCACGGUCAAAUUCUUUUACCACAUCUUCUUCCCCACACAGUAUUAUUAGUUAUCCAAAUUAUGAUAACUUUAGUAAUCCUCCAGCUCUUGAUGACCAAGGGAUGAAUAAAAGCAGUACUGCUCAAGAUGUUGUGGAAGAAAUGGAAAUAAUGGAUGGAUGAUGGUGGUAAAGUGGUGUGAGGCAAAAGGGUGUGUUUCCGGGGAUCUUGUCACCUGGGGUUUGUAAUAGGGAACUGUCGCAAUUGAAGGACUUGCUUUAGUUUAGUGAGGGUCUGAUGAUUCAAGUUUCAGUACAGAAGCAUUUAGAAAGAUGCGAAGUCUGAGAUUGCUCAAAUUCAAUAACAUAAAGCUGUGGAAGUUACCACAAUCUUUCCAAAGAGUUAAGAUGGUUGUGUUGGCAUGGAUUUCCUCUGAAGGUCAUACGUGAAGAUUUUGAUCAACCAAACCUAGUUGCUGUUGACCUGAGCUAUAGCAAACUCAUACGAGUUUGGGAGGAUACUAACGUGGUAUGAUAUGAUCUCAAAUAAAUUAUUAAUUAUUUUCCUCA